UUUAAAUGUUUGUUGUUGUUUAAUUUGGUUGAUUGAAUUGAACGAUAAAAAUGGAACCAGAAAAAGUGGAAAAAUUUUUCCAAAUAACCUAUCUGUAUAAACGACGAUAUCCAAUACGACGAACAAAUCAUAAUGAAGAAUAUCGUGAACGGAAAAUUUAUAAUUUUUGGCGAGAAUUAGAUGAAAAAUUCUUAUGGUUAUGGUUGAUUAUACAACGAAUUUAUUAUUCAUUUUUACGGCCAUCAUCCAGAUCGAUGGAAAUAACAUUCGAUCGUAUAAUAUCAUUGUUUGCAUUCUGCCCACCACAUGAUACAUAUGUUUUUGAUUUUGAUCAUCAUUUAAUCGCAACCACCCCGGCAAAUGAUCCGAAUCAACUGGAUAUUCAGAAUUUGAAAGGAGAAAUUCUAUUAAGUCAUUUCAUUGCUAAUCCUAUGAAUCAUAAACUUCAAGAAAUUUAUCAAAGAAAAUUCAUUCGUAUAGCAAAAUAUCUAGAAUGUUUUUAUGCAUUUAAUCGUUAUGGUAAUCGUGUGGCUUGUAUUUUUAUUCAUCAGAGUCGAAAACGUUUACGUUCCGUGCGUGGUACUAUUGUUUAUAGUCACACAAAUGCUGAAGAUAUUGGCACAAUUUUAAGUCAUUUAUGGAAAAUGAAACGCAAAUUACCUAGGUAUAAUAUUUUUUCCUAUGAUUAUUCCGGUUAUGGUAUGAGUAGUGGCCAACCUUCUGAACGUAAUAUUUAUGCUGAUAUUGAAGCUGCAAUCAAUGAAUUAAUGCGCCGUAAAUCAUUGAAUCCAGACGAUUUGAUUUUAUUUGGUGAAAGUAUCGGUUCAGUUCCUACAACUUAUAUGGCUGCUACACGUAUGGUUGCUAGUGGUGUUAUCCUUCAAUCGGCAUUCAUGUCCGGUAUUCGGAUUUAUUUUCCAUAUAAUCUCACCGGCAGCGGUGGUAAUGAUCACAAUAGUCGAACCUUGCCAUUCGAUCCAUUUGCUAAUGUUGAUCGAUGUUCGCUGAUUGAAAGUCCAACAUUUGUUAUACAUGGCAGUGAAGAUAUGUUAGUCGAUAUCUGCCAUGCUAUUGCUAUUUAUGAACGGCUAAAAAAUCCUGUCGAACCAUUUUGGGCAAACGGAGCAUCACAUAUGAAUAUUCAUAAACAUCCGGAUUAUUAUAACCGUUUGAAUCAUUUUUUACAUUCAAUUUCACGAUAACCACAAAAAAUCCCUAAUAAAAUAACUUUAUUCCCCUUUCAAUUUGAUCAUUUUAAUCGGAAAUUAAC